AGAACGAAACGGAUAAGAUGAAGAGAACACCUUUGUCUUCCGAAAAAUGGCUGCUUCACUUUCUUCAGCGAUUCCUCUGUCUCGAACCGGCGUUUCUCUCCAAUUCUCCCACACGAAACGCCCGCAAUUCCACUCCCCCACGCGUGUAUUUUGCUCCGCUUCUAGGGAUGGUCAUGAAAUAAAGGAAGAACUGAGUCAGUGGAAGCAAGCUAAGAAUGUAGCUUGUGGGAUUCUUGCUGUUUGGGCCGUGACUACCGCUGCCUCACCUGUAAUUGCUGCCGGUCAGAGGUUGCCUCCACUGUCUACUGAUCCAAAGCGAUGUGAGGUUGCAUUUGUUGGAAAUACGAUAGGUCAGGCAAAUGGAGUUUACGACAAGGCAAUUGAUCUCCGCUUCUGUGACUACACAAACGAGAAGUCCAAUCUUAAGGGAAAGAGUCUUGCUGCAGCACUCAUGUCCGGAGCCAAAUUUGAUGGCGCGGACAUGUCAGAAGUUGUGAUGUCGAAGGCUUAUGCUGCAGGAGCUAGCUUCAAGGGUACCGACUUCACGAAUGCAGUUCUAGACCGGGUUAACUUUGAGAAAGCGAAUCUGCAAGGAGCUUUGUUUGUUAAUAGUGUCUUAUCAGGUUCCACCUUUAACGAAGCAAACCUUGACGGUGCAGUUUUCGAGGAUACCAUUAUAGGGUACAUUGAUCUUCAGAAAAUUUGUAGAAAUACAUCUAUCAAUGACGAAGGAAGAGCUGCUCUAGGGUGUCGAUAAUUCAAGGUUCGUCUGUUUGAAUAUAAGAAGCAGCCGCGCGCGAACACACACACGGUGCUCAAUGCAUUUUCGUUCUGUAUUUCGAGUUCAUUUCUAGGCAUUUUAACUGUAUAGGCCUAUAUAUAGUAUCCUACUAUGCUGCAUCUGCGUAUGAGUACCGAUCAUCCGAAGACAGUUUUGUUGUCGUGUUUUCUUCUUUGUUAUGGCUUUCAGUUCGAAAUAUUCAUCUUUUCUCUGUCAAAUAAAUGAUAUCCGCAC